CGAGGUUGUAAACAACAUGGCGUCGGUUUGUUGAAACUCCGAAAAGAUCAGUGAUGGCUAGAAGUGUUCCUUGGCAGCGUCAGUGUAGCGACGGGGUGUUCUGGAGGCAAACCCAGGCUCAGAAUGCCACCAUAUACAUUCUAAGAGAGACAGGACCAACUGGUUUCCUCCUGAAGGAAGAAGGCGAGACAAAACCAUGCAAGGCAUUUCUUGGAGACCCCCACAGCUGUACUUGCUCCCAGUUCAUGAAGGACCGAGAUUUGUGUAAACACAUCUGCUGGCUGCUGCUGAAGAAGUUCAGAGUUCCACAAACCAAUCCUAUGUCCUGGCAGAAGGGCUUGGUUGAGCGAGAGAUCAACGAACUCUUGCGGGGCCUCGUACAACAGAUGAGGAAGAAGGUACCGACUGCCGUCACGCGCUGGCGUCGCCCCAUGUCCGCCAACAGUGAUGCAAGGGAGGUCAUCCCACAAAGGGAGAUUGCUGAAGAUGAUGUGUGUCCUAUAUGUCAGGAUGAACUUCUGGCUAAAAGGCUUCCUGUGACAUAUUGCAAGUUUGGAUGUGGAAACAGUAUACACAUCAAGUGUAUGAAGGUCUGGGCAGAGCACCAAAAGUCUCAAGGGGAGACAACUGUAAAAUGCCCCUUCUGUCGAGAGGAUUUUGGCCCCUUUGAGAUGCUCAAGUAUGAGAAUCGUAACGCGGAGGGGGUACAGCAUGGAGGGCGUAUGGAUCGACAUCUCGGUACCACCUGUCAGAGUUGUAGGCAGUCACCUAUAGAGGGGAAAUGCUACAGGUGUUCAUCUUGUGCUGAUUUCCACCUCUGUCAGUCAUGUUUCAACACUCCAAUACACACGCAACAUGCCUUCCAGUACAGACAUAAACGUAAUCAGCAAUGGCGGGCAGCGGGUCGGGCAUAUGGCGCUGUUUUACCACAAGCUGUUGUUGAUGACCUCGUUAACAGGGAGAUCACAGAAAACGACUAUGAUCUCCUAACACAGCUUGAUGGCUCUGCAGCCCCAGUUGGCAGUGAUAUCCCAGAAGAGGUGGUGCAGGGGUUUCCCCUGGAGAGAGUACGUCAAACUGGGCCUCAAAACCUUCUACAGCCUGGGGUUCAAUGUCGAAUAUGUCUCCAUGCUUACCAGGUUGGCCAGUAUGUACGCAAACUGCCCAGAUGUAAACAUAGGUUUCACAAGGACUGUAUAGACAACUGGCUCCUCCACUCCAGACCCACAUGUCCUAUAGACGGUCAGGUGGUGUGGGACAGGUUUGCUGCCCAGCUUGACGACACUAACAACACCAAUAGAAAACCACAAAAACGAAGUUCCCAAGGUGACGUCCAGACAACCAACACACUAAACCUCGAGAUUCCAGGCCUUGGAAUUUCCCUCCAAAACCAGGCCUCAGGGUCCCAGCCUCAUCAUAGAGGACAUGUUCAGGUCCCUAGGGUCAAGCCAGGGGACAGGAGGGGUCGGGAUAGGUCAGACAGGGAGGCAGAAAGGGUCCUCAACUCCAUACAGAAUAACUUUUCACUAAAUGGGAUCGCUGUUGGUGCAGAGAGUGAUCCAGACAUGGGACCAACUACAUCAAUGGUUCAUCAGAGAGGUAGGCUGCUUCAUCGACCUCCAGUGAACCACGUAGAGGGGAGAAACGGUUCUCAGUCUCCAGUUGCAGUUAUUUCUUCACGUAUAGGUCAAGAGAAUGUAGACCCCCUUGACCAAGUUGUGGAAGCAAACCAAGAAAUUGGUCAUCAUGGAAACAAUCAUUCCUUCAAUCACCAUGGUAACCCUCUUAUUCCAAACUUCCGUGCACAAAAUCCUGGAUCCGUGUUUGGUCAGCAGGUAACAAGACAGCAUGAUGCUACUGCAAGCCUCCUCAACAAUGCAGAACGCCUAGAAUCAUACACAGAAAUGCCAAACAUCUUUCAUGAUGGAACUGAAAAUCACUAUCAGUCACAGGACGAAAUGUCACAUGUUCAGGGUGAAAGUUCAAGGUCACAUCCAAGCAGAAUUGUUGGGGAUGUGCCACCGGAGAACAGAUUGUUUUCAUCUACUAAUACUGGUGAACAUGGUUCCAGUUCCCAUGUCAUGUUUGAACCCAAUGGGUCUCUCAGGGGAGGUAAUUCAAGAGUGAAUGGUGUUCAAGGGAGGCAACUUGCAGGAAGUAGUAGUGCUCCCUCUUCUGUCAAUGGAGCGUUGACAUAUUCUUACAACCUCCCUUUCACAACGUUAGAGAGAGGGCGGGCAGCACAGAGGGGGUGGAACCAGGGGUCAAGUGUAGCGCGAAAUCGGAGUGGGAGUAGGGAGCGGAGACAACCAAUAUCCGGACAGAUACCAAAGGAAGGGGAACAUCUGUUAGAGAGACUGACUAUUUUCACAGACCUUUUUCUUGGCAACAACCCCCGUAAUCAUCCCCCAAUGGCCAGCAGCAACACUGUGACAGGUCUACCCCCACGUCCUCAGAGACAACUAGCAAAUCACGCAGCUGCCAGACAGCGCCGAUUUGAGAAUGAGAGGCGGAGGAAUAAUUUCAGUCUUGAGGGAAACGCAUGCACAGAUGUGACAUUAAGAGACUUGCUCGGUUAAGGAAAUGAAACUGUAAAGAAAACUCAAAUAUGCUGCAAAAAGGAAAAAUGAAAGACUGAUCUACUGAUCAGCAGUGUUCAGAAAUUAUGUAACUGGUGCACCUCAGAGAUCUUCUGAGCCAUUAUCACAAAAUGUAUGGAAACAAUGUCAAAUUGUGAAAAUUGCCAAACAUCUUCCUUUUAAAAAAAAGCUGAAUUCCAAAAAUUGAAAUUAAUACCUACUACGGUAGAUGUUUUAUAAAAGAAAACAGGCCCUAAAUAGCUCAUCAUAUUGGUAUAGAUUUUAAUUUUAUUGAUAUGCAGUGUAACUGUAUUAUUUUAUAUAUCAACUUUUCUGUAGCUGUACCUGCAUUAUCAUAGAUACACAGUAUUACAUGAAUAACUUGUUGGAGAAAUUCAAUAACAUGUUCAAGUAAUUGCUCUUUCAAAUGUUGCAAUGCAUUAUUAUUUAAUUGUACAUUGUAUUUAUUAGUUUUUACAUAAUUGUUACAGAUUUUAUUUAUAAACUACUUACGGUAUGUUAAUAUUGUGCAAUGUAAAAUGCUUGUCUCAUAUUUAAUACUAGAUUCUUUAAGUAAGUGGGGUGUUUUACCCUUCUGAAGAAGACACUUAGACACUAAAAAGUGUUUAUAAUUAAAUAAUACUUAAAAGCAUACAGAAAAUAAUAUGCAUGUAGAUGUAUGUAGGUGUUUGAAAAUGUUUGUAUAAAUUGAUGAUAUAAAUGUACUUAAAAUUGUGUGUGUUUUUUACAAACCAUCUUAAUACUACAAUAAACCACCAAGUAUUACCCUUGACAACUUUAUGACAUGUUAUAUAUUUUCUUUGUUUAUGUUUUUCACAUAUGUUUAAUGAGUUGUUUUUAGCUCAUCUACCAAAUUGGGGCAUUGUCAUAGCCUUGGUGAAGGGGUCUGCAAUAACACUGUCCAUAUAUUUUACCUUUGGCCAUAACUCAUAAAACAUUUCAAACAUAUAAAUGAAACUGAAUGCACAUGUUGCCCAAAACAAUAUGCACAUGUAUUAUGACAGUAAAGCAACGGGUAUAACUAUGGCUUUAAUAAAUUUUGAGUUAUUGCCCUUGUUUGACAGAAAAAAUAAGAACAGACGAGAAAUGGCUUUUGAUCCAAGAUGGUCUUGCUAUGAAUUUGUGAUUAGCUGAAAUUGUGAUACAAAGUUGGAUAUAGUUUUUAGUAUUUUAUUCAUAUUAUAUAUUGUCACUUGUCUGUGAUAUUUAUUGUUACUGCUUGUUAAUUGUCAUUUGCUCAGUAUUGAUAGUUGAUGGUGUUGUAGUUUGGAAAUAUUUUUUAAAUAUAAACAGGUCUUGGAAUUUGAAGCGGGCUUUAUUGGUUGAGAAACUGAAGAUUGUAUGUUGAUGUGUGUGACUGUGUGUAUAUAUGUAUCUGGUCAUUCCGUUGAUGGAUGAUUACUACUACUGGUGAACUAUUCUAUAACAAAUAAGCUAGAAUGACGAUUCCGUCCAUUUGUCAAUUGCUUAUUUUAUGAUGAAUAUCAAUUGCAAAUAUAUAAAAAAUACAGUUUUAGAAAUGGUUUCAGUUUGAAAGAUUUUUAAGUGAAAUGCAUAUUGUUGAAUCUUCUAAGAUCUCUUUAGGAGUUGUGCAAACAUUACAUGUAUUCUGCAUUAUUUCAAUAUUGUUAAUCCUUUUUCUGCUGAAUGUUUCAUGUAUUUAGCUUUCCAAUGUCAAAAAGUUAUAAAUCUAGCUUGUUAAUGCACGUUUGAAUAAAUAUAGAAAUUGAA